GUAGUGCUGUUGGAGGCUCCUGAUGAUGUGUUGUUGGAGAGGAGUCGGGGGAAGAUGGUCGACCCGCUGACAGGAGACGUGUACCAUCGGACCUUCGUGUGGCCGAUCGCCGGCCUUGUGGCUCAGCGUCUGGAGGAGGGGCGGAGCAUAUCACAGGAGCAGCGACAGGCUGAGCUGCAGCGUCACCGCUGUGAGGUCACAGGUCUGAAAGCAGCCUACCAGCACGUCCUGAAGGUCGUCAACGCUGACCAACCACACGCUGACGUCUACCAGCAAGUGCUGGCUUUCGUCCGGACUCGCCGUCGCUCCAGAACACCCAGAAUCCUCCUGUUGGGUCCUCCAGGGUCGGGGAAGAGUCAUCAGGCCAGACUGUUGUCACAGAAAUACAAGAUGGUGGACGUGUGCUGUGGUCGGCUGCUGAGGUCUGUAGCAGCUGAUGGUUCAGCUGUGGGAGAAGAGAUCCAGUCAUACCUGGAUGUUGGGAGGCCAGUUCCAGACUCCCUGGUGCUGCAGGUUCUGGAGGAACGUCUGAGCCGAGUGGACUGCAGCUGUAGAGGCUGGAUCCUUCACGGCUUCCCCUGUGACCUGCAGCAGGCCAAGAGCCUGCAGGAGAUCCACCCCCCCAAUAGAGUCUUCUUCCUGGAGUUGACGGAUGAAGUUUGUGUGGAGAGAAUCUCUCUGAGAGCUACAGACCCAGUCAGUGGACAGAGGUUCCACGCUGUGACUCGACCGGCUCCGAGCUCUGAGGUCCAGAACAGACUGAAGACCAGACCAGAGGACAACACACACUCUGUAACACACACACUGAGUCAGCACAGGACACACACUGCUGCCCUGCAGUGUGUGUAUCCACAUGCAGGUCGUAUAGAUGCUGAUCAGGACCCUCACUCUGUGUUUGAGUCUCUGGAGAGCAGACUGACAGCUGACUGACACCUGGACACAGGAAGUCAAGUGUGUAUAUAUAUAUAUGUACAGUAUAUAUUCACAUCUUCUCUAUAUAUCAUCCUCAUUACUCAGGGCUUAUGGGUAAAGAAGUCCUCAGCUCCCUCUGAUCCUCACUGUGUGUGUGUGUGUGUGUGUGUGUGUGUGUGUGUGUGUGUGAGAGUGUGUGUGUGUG